AUGCCAGAAUCACCGCCACCUUCCUACAGCCCCCGUCGCCCUCCACCACCAUACGAGGAGCAGAACAACCGAAACGCGAAAAAAGAAUCAACAAUGGGAACACCCGAGCAUAACUACAAAGUGUCACCACCUCCAUUUGUUCCACUCACCCAACCAACUGUUAUCGAUGUGGAACAACUCCAAAAUGUGGUUCUCCCAGGUGGUCAACCAAACCCUACUGUAGUCAUUGUCACCACUCCGAAACCUGCACCGUCGUUCGCCAGCUAUGAGACAACCUGUUAUAGUUGUGGAAAAUCCGUGCAUACCCUUCCGAAAUUCGUAAUUGGCUCUCUCACAUGGAUCGUCUUCAUCCUUGUACUCAUUUGCUUCUUCCCACUCGCCUUCGUUCCGUUCUGUCUUGACAGUUGUAAAGACGCUCAUCACCAUUGUCCCCGCUGCAAUGCUCUUCUCGGUAUUAAGAAGCGUAUUUUCUAA